AUGGUUGAACGAGGUAUUGCGAAGCUGCAAACAAGCGUGUAUGAGGGACUGAUUCGUUCCUUCCUUCUUCAAACAAGCCUCCUCCCACUACCAAUUCUCAAUGAGGAAAUGGAAUUCUGUUGUCAAUCGGAGGAAUCUCUGGGGGCAGUUCAAUUGCCACUUAAUAUUACAGCGCCAUUCGCUUUGCCACCUCUCCAAGGAUUCUGCCAGAGUUUUGCUGGCUUCACUGUAGAUUUGGAGAAAGGAUUCUGCGAGUAUGCGCCCAUUACAGAACAACCGGAGUCGAUCCUGGUUUGGCCACGUCGAGUUUUCCCCAGCAAUCUUCGAGGCAAAACUGAAAUUGUUCUUACUUGCAGCGAAUCCUCGUCUCUUAAUUCAAAUUCAAGAGUACGGAACUACAUGAUGCGUCAUCGACAAGUUUGGUUGAAUCCCACGCCAAUGCAAGACUUUUCGUCUAAUGAUGCAAUGGAACUGUGUUUUAACGAGGUACCAGGAAGUGAAGUGCCUACCAGAUCGGAAAGUGGUUAUUUGGAUUACUGUAUCAUUGCUUUCGGAACUUGUCCAAAUGAAGAUUUCGAGUUGGUUUCUGCCUUUCCAUAUCAGCAAUAUAUAGUCUGCUGUAUUAAACAGACGUCAACCACUCCAGUCGUAGGAGAUUUGAACAAGAACGUCUCAACCUGGCCAGAAAAAGUCCGUUCAAUCGUGACUCUGGGCAGAAAGUGUUCAGGAGAUGAGGAUAAGGUCAAGGAUCUUGCUGCCCCAACGGAGCUUCACCGAGAUCUUAAACAACCCGAAACUGAUGAAGGAUGCCCAUACUUUCAAGAGUUUUCUCUUAUUCGACGAUUUGUCAAAAUGUGGCGACCUAAACGCUACAAAACAAUGUUCACUAGACCAUCUAUUUUCAGUCUUUUGAAUGUCACGGAGAAAGGUAAUAGUAGUAAGGAUGCAUUCGCCAAAAGGACAGGAAUGUGGCUUCAGAAUGGUAUCCUACAUGUAAUCUUUUGCGAAUACCAAACUAAUAGGCCUGCUGAACCUAGUACUGGUGUUGCUUGGCCAAUUGAUAAUUAUGCCAUUCCUCAACCGGUGACGGGUUGUCCACCAGAUUUUAUUUCAACAUCGUUCCUUCAUCUGCAAGGCCUAAACGGGUUCCACUAUUCACAGCCGAUACACCUUGCUGGUAACUUUAUUGCUCAUUCAAGAGCAGCAAAAUUGAGCUACUGUCAUAGAGAAGUUGAUCAAUCACCGAAUCAAUGGAGCAAGCAGCAAACAACAACCCUUCCUCCUGGACAUUACUGCGUUCUUCUUGUUGGCCGAAGAUGCCCAGCUGGCUUUUCUGCUGGAAGCGUCUCAGUAUUUGAAGGGCUUUUAAAGCCAAAUGAAACAGAGAGUGGCUAUGAUGCUCAGCUUUCUGAAGCCUCUAAUUUGCCAACGAGUGUUAACUCUACCGCCCACAGUGCUCCUCAAAUCUUGCGAGACAAAGUGGAGAAGGCGGAGACGGGUUUAUCUUUCGAUCGAGUCACCUACAUGUUCUGUUGUCGAGCUGAUUCUCCUUCGGCAUCAAUUCCCAUUGCAGGUUUUCCUAAUGACACUGGUCCCUUUUACCUCUAUCGAGCAGGGGAAAUGUGUCAAGAAGUAGCGGGAAUGCGCGUCACGGAGGAAUUUAUUUGUAUGGACGCCCCAGAAUUCCUCUUAGGGAACAAUCCCUCCUUGUCCAUGCAGUGGGAGGUUGUAGACAAAACUUAUCAAAUCGAGGGCUUUACUCCAACUCUCUCGAUGUAUUCCGAACACUGUAAUGUAAAGAUUAAUCUCUGUUACUAUGAAACGACCAUUCCUGAUCCUGAACCAGAGACCCAAGAACAAAACAAUGGAACAGCAUGGCCAGCUGGUUCUUAUUCCCUCCUCACUACGAUUCGCCAAGAUGGUAUACUGGCUUGUCCACCUGGAUUCAAUCUGGCUAUUCGUUACAACAUUCCUCCCAAAGUAAUUGCAAACACCUUCUUCCGUCCACUAUCCUUCUCCGAAUACUUUACUCAGAGACCAAGAGUACCAGAUGACCUCCUGGCUAUGGUCAAUGGAACCUGGUUAUCGACGCUGCACACGUGUGAGAGGAAUGAAAGCGAUGUGCCAUUGAGCUAUAAUCUCACCAACUUUCCUGAUUGGCCGCCGGGAAAUUACUGCGUUCUAAUGGAUACUCAUACAAGAAAUUGUCCACCGGGUCUCCAUCGAUUCACACGACAGCUUGCUGAACUAUGUUGUCAUACAGCAAAGACAAAUCCAACCACGCCGGUAAAGUUCCCCUUCGUUGGCGACUUCUUCCUGAUGGGAGCUUUUGAUGAGCCGGAUCUGGCAUGUCUUCCGGUUGAGAAUGCACAUGUGGAGAAGUAUGCAAUGCUGAUGUAUUCAGCUUCAGGUUCACAGCCGCAUAUCCACAGUCUCUGUCACUAUUUACCUCUCGAAUGGCUUAAAUCCCGGCGUGCAUGGCCACCAGGAAAUUAUCUUCUGCCAAUUGGCAAACGUGGUGAAUAUUUUCCAGCGCUGGAAUCCAGAAUUAAAUUCCCCUGUCCUCCUGGUUUCCACCGCAUCAUGCAUGCAUACGCAACUCACGAGGGAGAAUUCCCAACAGAUGCCAAUGAGAAGCUGAUCGGCUCCGAAGUUAAUAUUCAGUUUUGCCAACGAAACUCUUGGGAAGUUGUGAGUGAAGAUGAUGCAAUUUGGCCGAAAGGAGAUUACUGUAUCAUUGUGAGUGGAGCUAUUUGUCCUAAAGAAAUGAGAGCCUCCAAUGAGCUAGUAAUGCGUGUGCCACGUAGUAUCCUAGUUGCAAUCCAUAAUGUCACUGAUUAUGGCGAGAUAAUUGACGGCCAAACUAUUGUUUUGGGAAAUCAUCAUCGUAAUGUGACCUAUUAUUCAGUUUGCUGCAGAGAAGAUAAGCAACUUUUGGUUGACUUGCCACAUUCCGGGGGAAUGUAUCUCCCAAAGGGUUCAAGCGUGUGCUCAAGCAUUCCUGGCACUUACAUUGAACACGAACACGUUACAACAUUCUUGGACCCAACACUUCUUGAUCCAUAUAUCUAUGAAUAUUCAACCGAGGUGGAUGAAAAUCGUCGUACACAACAAUCAAGACAACAGCGAUGGGUUCCUCGACCAUUUGACGCUCCAGGUAUAAUGAUACUUUGUUAUUACCACGAAAUGAAGAAGAUGAACACCUCUAAUGGUACUCAAAAAGGCAAUUCGCUGGAGGAAUUAUUCCACGCUGGAACCACAGAACUAUCAACUUGGUUGGCUGAUGAAUGCGGAUGUGCUAAGAAUGCGUUUUGCAAACCUUUCAAACGAUUCACCUGUCAAUGUAAGAAGGGUUUCUUCGGUGAUGGAAUUCGUACUUGUAUGCCUGUUACACCCUUGACGGAUGCUUGCGCAAAUCUUUGCCAUCGUCAUGCCGAAUGUGAGAGCCUUCGGCCUCACGCCUACAUUCCUAUCCUUACGGUGGAUACGGUGUGCAAGUGCAAGAAAGGAUUCGUGGGUGACGGUUUUCACUGUAUUCCACAAUGCAGUGCUUACACAUGCCAACCAUAUAGCAGAUGCAGAAUUAAGAACGGAGAACCCAUAUGUGUUUGUGUUCCCGGAACAAUUGAGGAUGGAGAGAAGUGCCAUUUUGAUAUCUAUUCAAGCGUGCAGGCGGAGAAGGAUUUGCCACAGUACAUGCUUCAGCAUCUCGCCUGUUUCACAGAAGAUGUAUUCAAGUCUUUGGUUAUGCAACAACCGAAACGAUACUUCCUGCUUUUUGCACCACCCCAAUUGCUGAAAACUUGUGAGGAAAUUUUGUCCCAUAUUGCAAUGCUGUCGAGUGAAUCGGAGUAUAACCAUUUCCUGAAUGCCACUGUAUAUCAUCUCACCUCUCUUAACGGUACUCUUAUCACUGUCAAUCAAACGGAAACGCUAAGGAUUAAUGAUAUGGAAAUUAAAGACAAACCCAUUAUCUUUACAAAUGGCAGAAUCUACUAUACACCUGCUAUAUUUGAAUACAUUCCGGCUCCAACUUAUUCAUCCGCCAGCAUAGCCGGCAUCGUGGUCUCUCUCUUGCUUAUCUUCCUACUUCUCGUAAUUGUUGGGCUCUUCUACCUUCGACGUCGCAGACCUGAUUUGGCCAUUUUUAACCUACGAAGACCUCAAUUCCAACGUGUGAAUCUUGGCGUGCGGAAUGCAAGUUGGCGGGAAUCCAAGGGCGUGUUACUAGCUUCUGAAGAUGCUGAUGAAUAA